AUGGAAAACCAGCAAUCUACCCAGCAAAAUCGGUACUCCGGCUACCAGAUAAAUCCAGAUUGGACACAAAUGCAGAGCUUUGAUACAUCUCGUGGUCUGGAUGCAUCCCUUGCGAAGCUAACCUUCAACCAAUCCAGUUACUUUGGAAACCCGGAGGCUGAACAACAGGUUAUAGGUGGGCACAAUGCGAGUGGCUAUAACAGCGGAGCUAACACUCAACCUGGUAACUUCAUGAGCUCCAGAAUAAUGAAUCCUUUGACUCAGGGAUCGGAUGGUAGCAGGGGAAACAUGUACUGGAAUAUGGACCAACGCGACACGAAAUUGGGUCGCGAAAACACGUCUGGCACCCUCACUACCAACAGCAUCAUGGAUACUUCUCUAAGCGUGAAGAACUCAGAUUACAACACGACUUACGGGUCUGCCGAAAACCAGGAAACUUACGAGUCUUUGCAAUUGGAGUUACAGGUCAAAGAAACUCAGAUCGAAUCCUUAGAGUCUGAGAUUCAGAGCUUGAAGCAAGUUUUCAAUCAGGGUCUUUCAUUGAAGCAGAAAAACCACAACCGCGCACCAUCUGCUCGCCAAACAGACGGCGGCGUCCUUCAAAUGCCCACCACUUUGGAAGCGAUAUUUCAUAAGCUGUCACAGACUCUUGCAGCUAAAGAUAAAGAGCUGAAAGACACCACAUUGAGGCUUGAAAGUCUCGUCACUGCCGCUUCUCUCAACACCACAAACUCUGUCACGAAACUAGGACGGUAUGACGAAGAAGCUCUUGCUCAUAAAAUGGUAGUGAGAUUGGAAAAUCUGACCAAAGAGAACCAGGACAUGGCGAAAAUGCUUGGAUAUGGAAGAUCUAAAGAAAUUUACAUCGAAAUGGAACUUUUGAAGAAGGAGAAUCAAGAAUUAAAACGCAAACUACAGGAGCACGAUCGUCCAGCGCUCAAAGGCUAG